CGCUUAAUCCAUUGAAGCAAACCAUUGGCAACUUGAGAGGCAACUUGAGAGAGAGAGAGAGGUGGAAGAGAGAUGGAGGCGACGGCCGUGAGCUUGGCGAGGUCCGUGCUGGACGGCGUCCUGAAAAGCGCCGGCACCGCCGUCGCCGACGAGGUGGCGCGCCUGGCCGGCGUGCCCAAGGAGGUGGAGUUCAUCCGCAACGAGCUGGAGAUGAUGCGGUCCUUCCUCAAGGUGGCCUCGGCCCAUCCCGAGGCCGCCGUGCGCAACGACACCGUGAGGACGUGGGUGAAGCAGGUGCGCGACCUCGCGUACGACGUUGAGGACUGCCUCCUCGACUUUGCGCUCUACGCGGACAGGGCCUCGUCGUCGCGGGCCGGCUACUGGCUCGCCCCGGGCGCCGUCGCCGCACGCCGCCGCAUCGCGGCUCGGAUCCGGGACCUCAAGGCCCGCGUCGAGGAGCUGAACCAGCGCAACCUGCGUUAUCACGUCGUGGUGGGCAGCCCCGCUGCGCCCCGCGGCGGCGAGGAGCAGCCGCCCGUGCUCCCGGACCACGACGCGCAGUCGGCCGAGCUCGCGUUCCAGGCUUCGGCGGACGUCGUCGGCCGGGGCCGCGAGAAGGCGCAGCUGACAGAGCUCAUCUCCGGCAGCAACGGCGCGGUGGUCGUGGUGUCGGUGUGGGGGAUGGGCGGCAUGGGGAAGUCGUCGCUGGUGCGCAUGGUGCACAACGACCCGGUGCUCCUCGACGAGUUCGACUGCGGCGCGUGGAUCACCGUGCCGCACCCGCUCGACGGCGCCGAGGUGUUCCGGCGGCGGCUGAGGAAGGAGCUCGGCCUGGCGCGCGACCAGAGCGUCCCGGAGUACCUCCAGGAGAAGCGGUACCUGGUCAUCGUCGACGACCUCCAUAGCCAGGAGGAAUGGGAAAAUAUCUGCCAGGUCUUUCACCAUCAGUUGGAAAACCGCAAGGGCAGCCGCAUCAUCGUGACGACGCGGAGGGAGGACGUCGCCCGGCACUGCGCGGGGCAUGUGGCGGGGUGGGAUGGGCAUGUCUACGAGCUCAAGCCAUUGCGGGAUGGCGAGUCCAUGGAUCUCCUCUGCCAGAAGGUCUACAAGACAACUGAUUAUGUUUGUCCGACGGACAUGGAGGAUCAAGCCAGGCGUAUCUUGAGGAGAUGUCAUGGGCUUCCACUUGCCAUAUCUACAAUCGGAGGUCUCCUAGCCAACAGGCCAAAAACAAGCAUAGAAUGGAGGAACCUGCAUGAACACCUUGGAGCAGAGCUGGAAUCUGACCUCCGCAAUAUCAGAAAAGUGAUCGUUUCAAGUUAUGAUGGCUUGCCUUAUCACUUGAAAUCGAUUUUCCUGUACCUCAGUAUCUUCCCUGAGAACCAUGAGAUCAGACGCACUCGCUUACUUAGGCGGUGGAUGGCAGAAGGCCACAUAGCAAAGAACCGUGACAUGCCCGUGGAGGACGUAGGAGAGCGUUUCUACAGUGAGCUCAUUAACAGAAGCAUGAUCCAACCUUCCAAGGCCAACCCUGGAGUUAGAGCUGAUCGCUGCCGGGUUCAUAGCAUUUUGCUGCAGAUCAUACUGUCCAAAUCCAUUGAGGAGAACCAACUACUCCUCAUCGAGAAGCAAUCCAAUGGUGUUCCACAAAGUAAGAUACGCCACCUGGUGGUAUCCAGAUGGAAGAGGAAAGAUGAGAAGCUGCAAAACAUAAAUCCAUCAUACAUUCGAUCUUUGACAAUCUUUGGGGAAUGCCCUGCAUCUCUCAUCUCUCCAAAAAUGCGGCUGUUGCGAGUGUUGGACCUGGAGGACACAAGCAAUCUGAAAAAUGAUGACCUCGCACACAUAGGGGAGUUACAUCACCUAAGGUAUCUCUGCCUUCGAGGAACAGACAUUUCCAAACUUCCAUAUUCCUUGCAGAACCUUCGAUAUCUGGAGACAUUAGACAUCGAGGAUACACAUGUGAGAGAACUUCCUAGUGGCGUUGCCAAACUUGAGAAGCUGCAUUAUCUUCUUUCUGGCGUCAGCUUCACGAAAGAUUUGCUGCAGAAGAUGGGGGAGUCAGGCAAGGUCAGCUAUAAAACAAGCCUUUCCGGGAACAUAGGAGCCUGUCUAUGCUGCAACAGAAGUGAGUGCUGCAAGGUUUUCAACGUGGACCAAUUCAGUGUAAGAGUUCCUGAAGGUAUCGAGAAGUUAAAGAACUUGCACAUGUUGGGGUUGAUCAAUGUUGGCAGAGGCAAUGGUGUGGCAGGGAGGCUCAAGAAUUUGACGAACUUGACGAAUUUGCGAAGGUUAGGGGUCACAGGGCUUUCCGAGAAAGAAGGGCAGGAGCUGUGUGAAUCAAUAGGUGAGCUCAAACGAUUGCAACGCCUUGAAGUGCGCUCUGAUUCACUUAAAUUUCUUACCAGAAUGGAUCAAGAAGCACCAAAUCCGCCCAGAAUGCUAAGGCGUUUAGUUUCACUGAGGCUGUGUGGUGAUCUCAGCAAUAUGCCUAAGUGGAUCAGUUCACUUAAUGAUCUAGCUAAGGUGAAGCUGCUGGGGACACGACUGAAGCAGGGAGACAUUGAACACCUUCAGAACUUGCGUAAUCUGGCUUUGUUAGGUCUGUGGGAGAACUCCUACAUGGACAAGUUGUUACAUUUCUGCUCCGGUACAUUCCCAAAACUCAAGUUCCUUGACAUUGACGGGCUAAAGGAGAUUGAAACAGUGACAAUUGUGAAAGGUGCAAUGCCUGAGCUUGAACAACUUUGGGUUAACAAGUGCCCAUCACUUCAUGACGACAGCUCUGGCUUGUCCGGAGUGCCACACCUUCUGAAGCUGAAUGAACUUCUUCUGAAGAAUUGUGGUGAGAAAGAGAAGCUGAUUAACACAUUGCAAGGACAAGUCAAUAGGCACAUCAGACGUCCCAAAUUCCUCAUUGGCAAGUCGAUUGCACCAACCAGUCCGACGAAGGGUACAAUCACAACAAUAGAACAGUGAAGAUGAAGGUUGGAGGUCCUUGGAGGAU